AUGGGGACCGAGAAGAGUCUGGCAGGAUCUGGUGGAGGGGAUAAGAACACACAGAAGAAGGGAGAGAAAGAGGGGGGAGGCCACUCCGUGGAAGACGCCCACACGUGCUGUGGCUGCCGUUUUCCUCUCCUCAUCGCCGUGCUACAGCUGCUGCUAGGCGUCGCCAUAGCAGCCGUGGCCUUUCUCAUGACGGCCAUCAGCCCCUCUCUGCUGGCCAGGGAGACGCCCCACUGGGCUGGCAUCAUCCUCUGUGUGGUGUCGAUACUGGGCUUCAUGCUAUACUGCAUCACCUACUUACCUGAUGAGAGGACCUCAAUGCAAUUCAUUGCCAAGCUUCUCUACUUUAUUCUGUGCACUGUGGGUCUGAUCAUCUCCGUGUUGGUCGUCGCGUUCGAGAUCCACCACUACGUUCAGUCCAGCGGCUUCCACUGCCACGAGACGGCCGAGGACUGCGUCUGUAAGCUGGACGAGACGGAUCCCAUCGCUCGUACCUUCACCUACGCGGGGGUGUCGGACUGCUCUGCCAUUACCGGCACGCUCCCCCUGUAUUACCUCCUGCAGAUCCUGCUGAACCUGACUCAGGCCCUUGUGUGUAUGGUGGGGGCGUUUGUAAUGUGGAAGCAUCGGUACCAAGUGUUCUUUGUGGGUCUCCAGAUGGGCUCACCCUCUAACCAGCAGUGGCAGAAGGCUUAG